CGAACCACACACUCGCUCAGUCCACCUAUGGAACUCACGCCCAUCAGAAUUCCCGGCAAAAGAAAACGAUCUAAUACGAAAAGCGCCGUAGCAGCCCGGAAAGCCCUGGUAAUUCCUUGCUCGCCACAAACAUUACCCCGUCACUUCAGGAAAUGAAAGCUAACAAAUCUCCCAGAAUCGCAAACCAGGCCGUCCCCUCAAACCAUUCCAAAAUGAACUUUCGAACCCCCGACAUAGUACCAUUCAGGUAGCCAAACCACCAAAAAUCCGAACCCUCAAAACCCUAAAAUCCAGACACAAAAUGUCCCUUCUAGAAAAACUCCCCACCGAACUCCUCGAGCGCGUCUUCCAAUUCUGUCUAAAUCUCGAUUUACCAAAAGCCAGUCCUGUGAUUGCGGGAAAACUGAGUAGUAAUACAGUAUUCAAUUGGACUGUGAUGAGGGUUUUUGGUGCGAGUUGGGAGAGGGCAUAUGCGAAGGACACAGUGGUUGGUGAGAAGGACUUGGACGAGGCUGGUGACGAGAGAGACCGGGAGAUGGGUGGCAGAGGAGAUUGGGGUGAAGAAGAUAGCGACUUACAGAGUCAAGUACUGAGGUGUCGUUGGACAAGCCUGGAAGUUCUGCUGAAAGCGAAGGAGGCUUGGAUACAGAGAUAUGCAGCGGAUAGUCCGUUUGUACCGUUGUAUUUCCUCAAAGCCAAAAACAAGCCCAGAGGUCUUCCACCACCUUCGUCUAUUCCAUUCGAACCCCUCAGCUCCCAAACACCAAAUACUCCACCACCCGAGCAACCACCGCCUCCAUCAGAAUCACCAGAACCCCCAACAUCUCGCCUAACGUCCACACAAUACCACGACCAGGACUACGCCUACUUCUUGGACUUCGUCUCCUCACCCGACGGCCCCUCCCCCUGGCCACAUAUAACCUGGUCCUCCACCUCCACCCUCUCCCCCAACAUCGAAAUCCCGAACUCCCUCCUCACACCCCCUUUCACUUCCAUCUCGCUCCAACACCUCUUCUAUCUACUCAAGUCCGGCGCUAGAGUAUCGUGGUUGACGUCUACGAGCGGUGAAGUAGCAUUCGAGGGAUUGAAGGAGGCGAUCAGGGAGGGUAAUGUAGAAGCUGUGCAUCUUUUGAUGUGGAGUGGGUUACUCGAGAGGAUGGAUGUUGAGGUGCUAGUUUGGGCGAUGAGGAAUGUUGGAUCCAGUGCUGGACUUGCUCCCACUCCUAAUAUUGGUGAUGAGGACGAACAAAGACUAGGAAAAGGGAAGGUAUUAAGUCUGGAAGAGAAAGUGCGAACUAUUAAUCAAAUAUUGAGACUUGGAUUUACAGCAAUGGACUCCUGGGAGAGGGGCAGGAUCGAAGCGGAGUUAUUGGUGAUGAGGGAUGAGGCAAUUAUGAGGGAUUAUGAGGAGGGAUUGGAGUUUGUGAGAAGAAUUGUAGGAAGUGAGACGUUGAAGGGUGUGGUGGACGUAAGAGUCUAGAGUGUUGGCUAUAGCAGAAUCCAUAAAUAUAGACUUAGAAACUAUGGCGAUCCUCAUACGCGCCUAUAUAACUUU